CUGCAGAGCAGCGAUGGCGACGGAGUCUCCGCGCCGCCCGAGCCGCUGCACCGGAGGAGCGGUGGUUCGCCCACAGGCUGUCACGGAGCAGUCGUAUAUGGAAAGUGUCGUUACGUUUCUUCAAGAUGUUGUGCCACAGGCCUACAGUGGUACCCCACCAGCAGAAGAAAAGGAGAAGAUCAUUUGGGUCAGAUUUGAAAAUGCAGAUUUGAAUGAUACAACAAGGAAUAUGGAGUUCCAUGAGAUACACAGCACUGGGAACGAGCCCCCGUUACUGCUGAUGAUUGGGUACAGUGAUGGAAUGCAGAUCUGGAGCAUCCCUAUCAGUGGGGAAGCUCAGGAGCUUUUUUCUGUCCGCCAUGGUCCAGUUCGAGCUGCACGGAUUUUGCCAGCUCCACAAAUCA